AUGGCGUUCGAGAGCGAAAAAGCAUCGGAAGAGGCCACCUUGAGGCCCGAGGUGCCCAAAAGGGUCGACAGGGACGGCAAAGGGAAGUGUGGAUCUAACGGGCAUGACGGCACUGAUGGGGCUGCCCAGCAUACAGCGGAUGACCAGCAUCAUCGGUCCAGCGAGAGGCUCUCUCCCGAGGAGGAGGCUUCCAUGUUGGCCAAGUCCAACUCUCACAAGGCCGAAGCGAACACUUUAUUCGGUUCAGGAAAUUAUGAUGCAGCCAUCAACAAGUACGAUGAAGCCAUUGCCGUGUGCCCAAACUAUCUGGACUACGAGCUUGCUGUGCUGCGGGCUAAUGUGUCCGCCUGUCAUCUGAAGCUGGAGGAGUGGAAAGAAGCCAUCAACAACGCCACCACUGCUCUUGACUGUCUCGACAGGGCCGAGAAACAGGGGGAGGAUUCUAACAAGAGUGCUGCCGGGAACGAGGGCGUCGAAGGAGAUAUUGUUAGUGCAGGUGCAGCCAAAACCACGCCGGCGCCAUCCAGGUCCCGCGCUGAUGAUAUUGCCAAACUCCGUGUGAAGAUCCUCCUGCGGCGUGCUCGCGCCAGGAGUGAGCUCGGCGGCUGGGCGAAUUUGGAGGGUGCCAUCGAGGAUUACAAGCGGCUUGAAGGAAUGGCAGCAUUUCUGACUCCUGCCGAUCGCAGGACCGUACAAGCUCAAUUACGAGCUUUGCCACCGCGGGCGAAGGAAGCGCAGGAGAAGGAAAUGGCCGAGAUGUGGGCAAAGCUGAAGGACCUUGGGAAUGGCCUGCUUAGGCCGUUUGGGCUAACAAACCUUAACUUUGGUCCCUUGCAGCUUGUGACAUUUCACAAGGAUCAAACCCAUGGUUUGUCCUGGGCCGAGCUCGCUGACAUUCACUGCGACAUUACCGAGAACAUGGAUCUCGACUCUCCCAUGGGCAUGGCCCCGAUGAUGGGGACUGCCCGUACCGGCGCUACUAUUCUGUGCUGCAACUGUGGUGUUCCUAUUGACGGCACCUCCUCAGCCGGUGCUCUUUGCUAUGACUGCAUCAAGUCUACGGUUGAUAUCUCACAGGGUAUCCAGCGCGAGGGUACCCUUCACUUCUGCCGGGACUGUGAAAGAUGGCUGAUGCCCCCUUCAACUUGGGUCGCAGCUGCCCCCGAAUCACGAGAACUUUUAUCGCUCUGCUUAAAACGGUUACGAAAUUUGGGUAGAGUUCGUAUCAUUGAUGCUCGCUUUGUCUGGACAGAACCCCAUUCGCGCCGCAUCAAAGUUAAGAUUACCAUUCAGGACCAGGUGUCGGAUGGUGUCUUGAUGCAGCAGAGUUUCGAAGUUGUCUAUGUCGUUGCCUAUCAACAAUGCCGCGAGUGCGCUAAGUCCUACACAGCCAACGUCUGGCGUGCCGUCGUCCAGGUCCGCCAGAAGGUUACCCACAAGAGGACUUUCCUCCUCUUAGAGCAGCUCAUCCUCAAGCACCAAGCACACAAGGACACCAUCAAUAUUAAGGAGGAGAAGGAUGGUGUUGACUUCUUCUUUGCCCAAAGAAAUCAGGCUGAGGCAUUUGUUCAUUUCCUCAAAUCCGUUGUCCCUAUCACUCUCAAGGACUCCAGGCAUCUCAUCUCGCAAGAUACACAUACAGGCGACAAGCAAUACAAAUUCACAUACUCGGCCGAAAUUAUUCCCAUAUGUAGAGACGACCUAGUUGCCCUGCCUCUCAAGCUCGCAAAACAGAUUGGAAAUAUUCCACCUCUCUGCCUCUGCUACAGGAUAGGCACCGCGGUCUACCUUCUUGAUCCGAAUACCCUUCACACAGCAGAGCUGAGCUCCGACGUCUAUUGGCGGCAGCCUUUCCGACCAUUGGCCGAUGCCACCUCCAUGGUCGAAUUCAUAGUCAUGGACAUUGAAGCGACGGGUAUACGCAAGGGAAAGUGGGUGCUAGCUGAAGUCACUGUGGCUCGAGCAUCCGAUCUGGGCGUCAACGACAACGUAUACUUCACUCGCACACACCUGGGGCACCUACUGCACCCCGGCGACUCAGUCAUGGGCUACAUGCUGACCGGCACAAACUUCAACUCCGAUACGUUCGACGCUAUCGAAAACUCGCGCCAAUACGGCUCGACGAUUCCCGACGUCGUGCUUGUCAAGAAGCACUAUCCGAACCGUCGCCGCAACCGUCGCCGUAACUGGAAGCUCAAGCGCCUGCCCAAGGAUGAGGGCGAGUUGCUGCCCAAGGCGACCGACCAGGCUCGUAUGGACGACGAGUAUGAGGCCUUCCUGCGCGAUGUGGAAGAGGAUGAAGAGCUGCGUGCUACUCUGGCUCUGUACAAGAAUACUAGGAAGACCAAGAAGCCUCAACAGGAUGCUGAUGCCAUGAGCAUUGCUGAGACAGAGGAUGACGACGAUGGGCCGAAGAUUAGCAUGGAUGAGCUUCUGGAUGACUUUGAGGAUCUGGACAUUCAGGAUGAUCAGUGA